AUGCGAUCCCAACUAGUCCUCGCCCUUGGUCUUGUGGCUCUCGUCGCGGCCGCUUCUGGCGCCACCACAUCAGAUCCGUCCUCGUCCACCACGACAUCAGACCCGUCCUCGUCCUCCACCACCUCGGAUCCGAGCUCUUCCUCGACUACCUCAGAUCCUUCGAGCUCGAGUUCCUCGACUACUUCAGAUCCUUCCAGCACUUCUUCGAGUUCGACUCCUUCCUCGACUUCGACGACCACAUCAUCCAGCACGACGAGCACUACCACUGAGUCGUCCUCCUCUACCUCCAGCGAGGUGAAAAAGCUGAAGAGACAGCUUCGCAGGCAGCGCAGGCUGACGCGCAAACUGAGACAACAGGAGAGGCGUCAGAAGCGCAAGGAGCGCAAGGAGCUUCGCCGAGAGAAGCAGCAAGCGAGACGCCGUCAGCGUGCUGCAAGGAGGCGCAACCGUCGGGGCUAG